GACGGACUCUUUGCUGAAAAGGAGAGAGAAACGGACAGAGCAGAAGAAGUACGUCAUUUGCAUUUUGCGAUACGGUCUGUACAAAAACCAGCGAGCGGAACUCUCCGCACGCCGCCAACGAAGUCCAGGAGCAGCUCUCCGUCUCUCUCUCUCUCUCUCAAUCUCUGUGAAAAGCAUUCAUCGUCUCCCUAUCGUUUUCGCUUUCGAAGCGGUUUCGAAUAAUCUCGAAACAACUUUCCUGCUUUCUAAAGCCGGAAACAGAGUCCAGAGCACGUUGUACUGGAGACUUACUCUAUUCCAAUCUCACUGGCUGUGUUUUUUCUUGAACCAAAUCCGCUAAUAGACAGGCUUGCUACAAUCUACAACCAUUGGCACCGUCCACAUCAGUCUUCAAUCAAUCUUAUUCAGCACCUGUCAUCCUGCUACUAGAUUUUGCAGCCAUCAAAAGCCACUAGCCAAAGAUCGAGAUCUCCGAGACAUCAGAAAAGCAUCAGAAAGUUAACUGCAAGCUUUGUGAAACAAUUUCAUAGCAGUUCAUUAUUGUUACAGGUGUUGCAUAGUUGAGCUAUUGCUAUAACCUUAUUCUCAUCGUGGAACACUGCGACAAUCAAUAAAGAGAAGAUCCAUGCCAACAUUGUGGCUAGUUUGAGUUAUGGAGAGGCUGUUGAAGGUUAGAGAUACAGGAAGAUGAACAAUUCAGCUUCAGAACAUAAUUUUAUUUACAGCGAGAGCGAAGAUGAAGAUGCUGUGAAGGAAAUUAGCAAAGCCGAAGAUGACGGGAAUGGUUCUGAUUCUUCAAAGCAUUCAAAUGAUAACAGGCAGCAGAGCAAACCUAGUUCUGUUACCCCUGCAUGGCCUCAAAGUUACAGGCAAUCGAUUGACCUGUAUGGUAGCGUGCUAUCUCCAAAUAUAUCAAUCCUUGGAACUUCUUCAUUGUCAAGACUUGGAAGUUCGUUUCUUCUCUCAUCACUGACAAGGAGGCAAACUCCUGAGAUAUUACCUUCUGUGGCCAAACCUUUGUUGCAAACAGUAGAAGAUGGGGAAAAACCAAAAGGACGGCGCAGUUCCCCUUCUCUGCUUUCUCCUAUUCCAUCAAGAAAGCCUUCCUCGAGGAAGUCCGCCAAGGCCUCACAUGGAUUUCCAGCUACUCGCCAGUGUUCAUAUGGCCAAGCAGUGGUAAACGGCUUGAAUGUUCUAUGUGGAGUGGGAAUCCUUUCUACUCCUUACGCAGUCAAAGAAGGUGGAUGGGUUGGCCUCUCAAUAUUGAUGAUUUUUGCUGUGCUUUCAUACUACACUGGGAUCCUUUUGCGCCAAUGCUUGGAUAGCCAACCAGGGCUUGAGACUUACCCAGACAUUGGGCAGGCUGCUUUUGGCACUGUUGGACGUUUUGCCAUCUCAAUAAUUUUGUACGUGGAACUAUAUGCUUGUUGCGUUGAAUAUAUUAUUCUGGAGACUGAUAACUUGUCAUCAUUAUUCCCAAAUGCACACUUAAGUUUGGGAGGGUACGAAUUGAAUUCGCACCAUUUGUUUGCGUUACUUAGCACACUUGUUAUUCUUCCUACAGUUUGGCUCCAAGACCUCAGUGUCCUUAGCUACAUCUCUGUUGGGGGAGUUGUUGCCUCAAUAUUAGCAGUCAUAUGCUUGUUCUGGGUUGGCUUAGUGGAUAAAGUUGGGAUUCAUAGCAAGGGGUCAACACUGAAUCUCACAACACUUCCUGUUGCUAUUGGUCUCUAUGGCUUCUGCUAUUCAGGACAUGCUGUCUUUCCUAAUAUCUAUACAUCAAUGGCGAAACCAAGCCAGUACCCUGCAGUCCUCUUGGCUAGUUUUUGCAUAUGUACUUCGAUGUAUGUUGGGGUUGCCGUGCUGGGAUACACGAUGUUUGGAGAAUCAACAGCAUCUCAGUUCACUCUUAACAUGCCUCAAGAUCUGGUUGCAUCUAAAAUUGCUCUCUGGACAACAGUCGUUAAUCCAUUUACCAAGUAUGCAUUAACCAUGAUGCCCGUAGCAAUGAGCGUGGAGGAAUUGAUACCAUCAAACCAUAAAAAAUCUCGCAUGUAUGCAAUCCUCAUCAGAACUGCAUUGGUAAUAUCUACCUUGGUUGUUGGCCUCAGCAUCCCCUUCUUCGGUCUGGUUAUGGCGUUGAUUGGAUCUUUACUUACCAUGCUAGUAGCAUUGAUACUUCCAUGUGCCUGCUUUCUAAGUAUCUCGAGAGGGAGUGUAACUCGCUUUCAGGGAUGCCUCUGUAUACUGAUCAUCACCGUAGCUGUCAUAUCGUCAGCCUUUGGAACCUAUUCAGCCCUGUCUCAGAUUGUGCAGAAUUUGAAUUAAUUCAAUCCCUGGGAGAGGGUUUCUAAAGGGAUUUUGGAUUAUGUACUUCUCUUCUUUUGGUGGCCUUUUCCUUCUCUUCUCUGGUACCCAGCCAGUUUCUUAUCUUGGUUUGUAGAUAGAUUAAACCAACCAAUUGGAGUUGGCAACUCUACCCUUCAACCAAUUUAAGUUUAAACGUGUUCCUAGUUUCUUGUUUUGGCUAUCCAUUCAAAGUCUUAUUGUCCAAUACUCGGGUUGGAAGGAAGUCGUUCAAAAUAUAAGCAAAGUACAUAUUGAAUGUGUUUCUAUAACUUCAAAAUUAUGCAUCAACCACUGCGGUGGUACUCCAGUAGUAUUAUUGGGUUGGCAAGGCAACGAUGAGGUUUUGUUUUU